AUGGCGACCCCGCCUUCCUCUCUCCACUUACCCGUGACAACAUGGGGCUCUGACACCUCGCCGGCUUUGGAUCUUAGUUCCUCAGCCUCGUGCGACACUAGCAACAGCCUUGAGACAGCAGGUUGGUGGAAUGAGAACGACCCCACCGUUCAGCCGCCAUACUCUACCAGCUUUGGUCAAAGCAAUCUGCGAUCUACGAGCCAGAAUGUGAGAUUAGAAGGACUAGGGAUCUCUUACGACUCAGCCGCAUUCGACUUCGGCGCUAUGAACGAUAGCUAUUCGACCCCCAGAGCCUCGGCCUCGUUCGAUAUGGCUAGCUAUGGUGCCAUGUACAACAGACCAUCACACCAUUACGCGCAACCUCAAGUGCUGUCCACCAGUCAACCAGUCUCGCGCUCUCCCUCACCACGCGUCGAACCCCGCUUCCAUCGUUCCAAGUCAUCAAGCCAUCAUCGCUCCGGCCAAUCGUCAAGACGCAAGUCUAAUCAUUCUUCCCAGCAGUCCUCACGGCAGACGAGCGUAAACAGUGGCGGAGUCGGCUUCGUCAACUUCACGCCAGACGACAGCCGCAAAAUCCUCACAGGUGUCGCACCCAGCGGUUCAAGCAAGACAAAGGCACGACGAGAGAAGGAAGCCGCCGAUAAGCGCAGGAAGCUUAGUCGAGCGGCUAUGAAGGCUGUUAUAGAGGCCGGUGGUGAUAUCGACAGUCUGAGGAGGUUGGAGAGGGAGGGCCUGCUGGUCAUGGAAGGGUGA